UUUCCUUAAUUUCACUUGAAUUUCAACCUUUCUUUCUCUGAUUUCUCUCGUUCUCGUGUUAGGGUUUUUACUAUUUAUCUAUCUUCUUAAAUUUUCAAAAUUUUCUUUUUAAAAAUCUUUCUUUGCCUGGUUGAGGAGGUAAUGAAGGAAGAUAAACGUUUGUCAAUUUUCAUUUUGAAUUUCUCUCUUAUUUUUAAUUGGUGGUUCAAAGGUAAUUAUUGAGCUGUCAGCUGCAUUUUUUUUGGUUUCCUAUUUAUGAAUUUAAAUGGAUAUUAUUUUUCAUGAAUCCUUUGGGGGAUUUUUUAGUGGGUUUUUGAUGAUCAUUGUUUUCGUUUCCGUGGAUUUAAUUGAAUUUAAUUGGGGAUUUUGAUUUGUGACUUAAAAUCAACAAAGUUUAUUGCUUUAGUCUUCGAAACACUAGCAAAAAGGAAAAGAAGAAGAAGAAGAAGAAAAUAGUUAAGGUUUAACAUUGCAUGAGAGAAAAUGCAGAUUUGGAAGUUCUAAGUGAGGAGAUUGACGGAGAGAGAAAAAAAUGUUAAGUGGGCAUAAUUUAAGCCAAGGGAAUGCAGGAUCGUCGUCGGAUAUGCCACCAUUGCUUCAGUGUUUGCCUUUGGAGCCGAUUACAUUAGGCAAUCAGAAAUAUACACGAUCUGGAGAAUUAAGCCGGGUUCUGGGUGUUCCUUUUCGAAGUAGUACAUCGGAGGAUCACACUUUUGGAGUUGCACAUCCUAAACCUUCACCUCCAGUGGCAACGGAGGAGCUUAAGAACUUCAAAGAAAGUGUUCAAGAUGCCUCUAGGAAGGCCAGGGAUAGAGUAAAAAAGUUGCGUGAGUCAAUUUCUAAACUGGAAAGGUAUAGAGAAACCUUAAACUCAAAGAAGCAACAACGAAGUGAUAUCUCAAGUGAGAGAACAAGUGGAGUAAACAUUGCAAAGAUCGGGAGCCAGAUUCAUAGAAACCCUCAUGACAUAAUGACCCAAAGGUUGGAGGAUAGGCCAAAAGGGGUGGGGCUAAACAAACGUGUUCGCACGUCAGUUGCCGAUUUACGGGCUGAUAAUAGGACUGCUUUGAAUCCAAGGCAGCAGGGAAUAAUAGAAAAGGAUGGUGAUGUGCUUUCAGCUGUUAAUGGGGGAUCUGCUCGAAUUGAAGAAAAGAUCCGCAGAUUGUCCGGUGAAGGAUGGGAAACAAAGAUGAAAAGGAAACGGUCUGUUGCAGCUGUAGGAAAUAGAGUUACUGCUGGUGACCGGGAUGUAAAACGAGCUAUGCAACAGAAGCUGAGUUCUGAAUCAAAGUUGCGAUCAUGUGAUACACAGGGUUUCAGAUCAAAAUCUUCCCCUGGAGUUAGUGGAAUCAACAGGUCUGAUUGUUCUUUUGAAGCUGCUGGUUCAGAUGCCAGUACAGUGCUUAGGAACGAAUUGGAGAGUACCUCUAUUCCUCGGGAUCGUGCAGCUAUGCUGGAGCAGAGGGUUUUAACGAAAACAAAUAAUAAGGCAAGUCUCCAGGAUGACAACCAAUCAAGUGGGCCGACUACAAUGCUAAAAGGAAAGGUUUCUAGGGCACCACGAAGUGGUUCCAUCAUGGUGUUAGACUCAUCUUCAAAAGUUCACCUCUCAUCUGGAGCUUUGCAGGGUUGGGAACAGCCAAAUCUAAAUAAGAUACAAGCGUUAGGUGUUGGGAGCAAUCAAAAACGUCCAAUGUCUACAGGUUCCUCGUCGCAUGCUAUGGCCCAGUGGGGUGGUCAGAGACCACAUAAAAACUCACGUACGAGGAGAGCAAAUUUAGUGUCCCCUGUCUCUAAUGCUGAAGCUCAGAUUUCAUCUCAAGGCUUUGCAACACCUGAUUUUGGUGCUAGGGCAUCUGUUGGAACUGGUGGAUCACUGCUUGGCAGCAGUAUAGAUAAUGCUACUCUAAAAAUUAAGAGGGAACCUGAGAAUGUGUCCUCUCCAUUUGGGUUAUCAGAGAGUGAAGAAUCAGGAGCUGGAGAUAGCAAAUCAAAAGAGAAAGGAAUUGAUUGUAGUGAGGUUACGCUGCCUGCAUCUCAAAAAGCUGGGGCUUUCUUAUUGCCCACAAGGAAGAAACAAAUGUCUACUAAUGAAAUUGGAGAUGGAGUCCGAAGACAAGGAAGGAGUGGAAGCAGUGCACCACUCUUGACAAAACCAAUUGUUCAUCCAACGAGGGAGAAGUUGGAGAAUCUUACUACAACCAAACCAAUUCAAACUGCGAGAUCUGCUUCUGAUAAAAAUAGAAGUAAAACAGGUCGUCCACCUUCCAAAAAGCUGAAAGAUCGCAAGGCUUCAACACGUGUUGGGUCGAUGCUAAAUAAUGUUUCUUCAGAUUUUACAGGUGAAUCUGAUGAUGAUCAUGAGGAACUAUUUGCAGCUGCCAGUUCUGCUCGUAAUGCUGGCAGUCUUGCUUGUUCUGGUCCAUUUUGGAAGAAAAUGGGAUCUAUUUUUAAUUCUGUUAGUUCAGAGGACACAUCUUACCUUACACAACAGCUAAGUUUGGCAGAAGAGCUUGACGAGAGUUUGUCACAAAUGUUUGGCGAUGGAUAUAAUGUUCUGGGUGUUGUGCUGCAGAAGGAUGCUCCUAAUUCUAUUGAAGAAAUGGCCAAAACUAAUGCUUCAAGUGGAAGAUUUGAUAUAAAAAAGUUGGACAAGGUUACUCCUUUAUAUCAAAGGGUUCUUUCUGCUUUGAUUGAAGAAGAUGAAAGUGAAGAAAUUUACCACCACAUUGAAGCAAAGAAUAUGUCCCUGCACUAUGCAAGUGAUGAUUCCCAUUGUGGUUCAUGCAACCAGAUGGAUGCUGAAUCUAAAGAUAGGGACAGGAUGGAAUUUGAAGUUGAGUCGAAUGCAGAUUUUCAAUGUCAGAAGAACUCUCUGUUAGACAGACUCUCUUGUGAUGUGAGUGUUGCAUCUAACACAUUUAGGAACUCCAGCAUGUCUAAUUCAUUACAUAGUAGUGAACGGUGGUUGGGAGAUGAUGAUUUUUCACAUUCGGAUAUGGGGCCUGUGAGCGAAAUAUGUUCAACUGACCUGGGUCAGCUCCAACCUAAGGAAAUGAAUGUUUCUGGUAUUUCUUCUGACUGCCAAUAUCAGUUCUUGUGUAUGGAUGAUAAGCUUUUGCUGGAGUUACACAGUAUUGGUCUUUAUCCAGAGACUUUGCCUGAUUUGGCAGAGGGAGAGGAAGCAAUAAAUCAGAGAGUUGUUGAACUUAAUGAACGUCUUUAUCAACAGAUUCGGAAAAAGAAGAAAAAGUUGGGAAAGAUUGAUAAAGCCAUUCAGAAUGGGAGAGAUGUAGAAAGAAGGAACAUUGAGCGUGUUGCAAUGGACCAAUUAAUCCAGAUGGCUUAUAAAAAACGUUUGGCAUGUCGUGGGAGUAAUUCAUCAAAAAGUGCAGUUCGUAAGGUUUCAAAACAUGUUGCAUUGGCUUUUGUCAAGCGAACCCUUGAUAGAUGUCGAAAAUAUGAAGAGACAGGCAAUAGUUGCUUUAGCGAACCCACAUUACAAGAUGUCAUGUUUUCUGUACCUCCAUGCAGCAAUGAAGCAAAAUCUGUUGAUUGUAUUGGCUCUGGAACUGCUAGUAAUACUUGUAAUGAAACUUCAAACCAUCAAGCAGAAGCCAGGGGCUCAGGUGCUGUUUCUAGUACUUUUGAGAGGUAUGAUUCUUCAGAUGCUCUUCCAUCUGUUCACUCAUCUGAACAUGCUGUUUCCAAGUAUGGAUCUAUGUUAAACAAAGGGAGGAAGAGGGAAGUACUAAUUGAUGAUGUUGUUGGUAGUGCUUCUUCUAGGGUAACGUCAACUCUUGAUGGCACUGUUGGUGGAGUAAGGGGAAAGAGAAGUGAAAGAGAUAGGGAUCAAAGCAGAGAUAAUUUAAGGAAUAGUUCUGUAUCUGGAGCUGGUCGGACAUCAUUGGACGGUUCCAAGGGUGACAGGAAAACGAAAACAAAGCCCAAGCAAAAGAAUAAUCAUGGAUAUAAUGGCAGGCUUUCAGAACCGUUGCUGCCUGCCCGUGGAUCUAGUAAGCCUUUGGCUAAUGCUGGCAACGUGACUGAAAGAGAAGUGAGGUUAUCAUCUCCUAGUAACAUUUAUCGGAAUUCAUCUAAAGAAGCAGAUGAACCCAUUGAUUUUCCAAACUUGCAACUAAACGAGUUGGAUACAAUGGAAGACUUGGGUGCUUCCAAUGACCUCGGUGGGCCCCAAGAUCUGAGUUCCUGGCUAAACUUUGAUGAGGAUGGCUUGCAAGACCAUGAUUCCAUAGGUUUAGAAAUACCAAUGGAUGACCUCUCGGACUUGAAAUUUGCAUUUUGAAAUCCCUGCCCUUUGCUGUGGCCGGUUAGGUUACUAAUUAUCAGCCUGUCUGGUGCAAUCUGAUCACAGAAGUGUAAUUAUGAUUCAUUUUUCUGUACAUAUCAUAUGUUAUGUAAUGGAAGAAUUUUGUUUGCUUGAUCCAAUGAAAUUUACUAGAAGCAAUUAUUUCA